CGAAUGUUCAUCAGUCGCUCACCAUACUUGCCGAUGGAUAGCUAGACCGCUGACAGUAACGCUAGAUGACGAAAACCAUUUUUGCAAAAAAGCAUAAAAAACCCGCAGCUAAAAACGUCACAGUGUGAUUUUUAUUUUAAACGCGUACGAUAGCCGACAGAAAGCUUUUUCUACCUAACGACCUUACGUUGUGCGGCGGGUAGUGCUUCCCAUAUGCCUUGUACGCGAAGUUGCCUGAAGACGGCGCAGUGGUAGAGGCUAACGGUUAAAGCCGAAGCAUAUGACAUACCAACAAGUACGACGCAAAACAGCUGAAGCGCUCACAGACACUGCGGCGUUAGCAAAUUCUUUCCUAAUUGUGUACAACCGUGUAUUACUACCCUGCUGUAUGUGUGUGUGCGUAUGUGUGCACGCUGGCUUGCCAUGCAAUCAUGUUGACACUAAUGACCGCGACGGGUGUACCUGUUGGAGAAAUGUUUUUCUAUCUACCAGUUGAUAUCUAAUGUACAUUUUUUACUAAAGUGAGACCGUACACACAAACACACACAUACACACGAAAUCAGAGUGAUUUCUGUGAGCAAACGUUCUAUGAUUUUUAUGUAUUUGUAUAUGUGUGACAGUUGCUUUAUAAAUCCACACUUUGUGGCGUCAUCUAUUCGACUGUGGCAUGCAACACAGGUCAUUAACGCAUAUCUAAGUGUAAAAAAUCAGACGUCGGGAAGGCGGAAAGGCGGGUGUUGCGCGUGACACGAAGUGGCAAAUAAUAAUGAGAAAAUCAUAUCAAAUAAAUUGAAAGAAGUGUAUGCAGAGGACAGUGAUUUUCCCACAAAUGCAAAUUACGAUAAACAAAAUAUAAUAAAAUAUGAAUAUAUGCAACACACGUGCAACAUUUCGAACACCCAAUGAAGCCCAUAUAAAUCGAAAGUCUAAUUCCAAAAUAGUUUGUGAAAAAGUGUCUUCCAACGCCUACAACUAGACUAUAACUAAGUAGCAACGACGGUUUCAAAAUAAACAAGUUAGUUCGCAUGCAAAUUACAGUUAACAACAACAAACAAUAAUAACGCAGUACAUAUUACAAAAUAUUGCCGUUUAUUAUGCAUACAUAUGCGCAUGCAUACAAAUGUGUGAAGCGUUCAUACAAUCGGUUUGUCAAUUAUUUAGUCAGCUAGACGCGACGUCAAAAUAUAAGCGAAAAGUAUGACAAGCGAAACGUCAAUUAAUGUCAUGCAGCGGCAUCUGCUGACAAUCGAAAAGCUACGCAAUCGUGUACGUCAAAUGUUGAAAUGUGUAAUAAAUUUGCAUAUUGAAUUUUUGGUUCUGGAAUCGAAUGUCAACACAAUGAUGGACGAAGUGAAGAGCUUCAAUGAGGAGCUGCUCGAAGUGCAGCGCUUAGAUGCGCUCAUCAGCGCCUUACGCGAUUACAGCGGGCCUACAAUAUGUCACGAGUGGCCAUAUCCACUCAUAUUCAAAGGCACCAUCGACGAUGCAGAUGUCGCACAAAUUCUCAAUGGCAGGAAGAAAGUGGACAAAAGUAACAAUAACAAUAUAAAUAAACGGAAUAUUAAUUGCGAAGUGAGAUGCAAAUCUGCGAUGAAUUCUUCAACGAAUCAUCAGCUUAGUGAUGAAGUAACUUAGCAUUUAAUUAUGAGUGUAAUUUUAUGGUUUUUACGACUCAGGCUCUGACCACUAAGAGACAAACUGAAUGUAUAAAAGUAUUGAGACAUAUAAAUGUAUAUCGUAUCACUAAUGAAUAUAAAAUAUAUAUAGAUAUAUAGAUAUACAUAUAUAGUAUGUACAAGCAUAAAGAGUUAUUAGUACAACCUUCUUUAAGGUAUCAUAUCAUGUCAAACAUAUGUUUGUAAAACGAAAGAAUUCAAUACUUUGAGUAGAGUAGUCUGUAUAUACCUACAUAUGUAUUUUAAGAUUAGCGAUAUCUACAUUGUAUCGUUAAGAAUGUUAAUGUAGUUGUGCCACUGAAUGAAAAUCUACGUAAUCAGAUUAUUUUACUAGUAAAUAUAGACUAUGCGAAUUUCGUGACGUCAA